AUGAGUGAAUCAGAAUCAAAUCAAGAUACUUCCUCAUCAGUAAAUGCGUUCAUGAAUAGCAAUAAUACAACAGUACUAUCAUCUGAUGUUAUUCAACCACGACGGCGGAUGGUUCGAAACUAUUCACUCAUCUGGUUAGAUGAAAGUAUGGACGAAACAAACGAUGUUUUCCAAAAUAACUUGGCCCAAUUACGAACUGUUACUAACGAUGUCAAUGUUUUUAAGCAACGAGAUGAAUGCAUUGACUUUCUCACAGAUUGUCCAGACAUCAAGUGUUUUCUUGUUGCCGAACAUACUAUAACUCAACAAAUAAUGCCCCUCAUCAAUGAUAUUCCUCAGCUGCAUGGUAUGCAUCGCUUCAGUAACAAUAAAUCCUUACAUGAAGAAUGGGCAACAAAAUGGCGAAAAAUUAAGAGCGUUCAUAUCAACAUCGAUGACUUAUGCGAAGCAUUACGUUUAGAUAUCAAGAAAUGCAAUCGAGAUUCGAUUGCAAUGAGUUUUGUCACAGCAAAUCACAUGGAGCCGACUGGUAAUUUAAAUCAGUUGGAGCCAACAUUUAUGUACACCCAAAUAUUCAAGGACAUUCUUCUUGAUAUGAAACAUGGUAAACAAGCCAUCAAAGACUUUACUGUCUAUUGUCGAAAUACUAACAGCGUAUCACCAAUCAAUAUUGACCGUUUUGAGAAAGAAUACCAUGAUCAAUUAGCUAUUUGGUGGUAUACUUUUCCAUCCAAUAUCUAUUCAAUGCUCAAUUAUGCCCUUCGCUCUAUGGAUGGCGAUACUAUUAUUAAUAUGGGAUUUUUCAUUCAUGAUCUUCACCAACAAAUCAAAGGACUACAUCAACAACAAGUGCAUAGUUAUCAUGCCAAACCAUUCAUCGUUUAUCGGGGACAAGGUUUAUCCAAAGCAAUUUUCGAAAAACUGCAAAAGACAAAAGGUGGUUUAAUAUCUUUCAACAACUUUUUAUCCACUACUACGGAGAAAGACAUAGCUCUUGGACUUGCUUAUAGCGCGUCAGAAAACGUGGACAUGGUUCGCAUUUUCUUCAUAAUGUCCAUUGAUCCUUGUAUUAAAUCAACACCAUUUGCCUCCAUCAAAAAGGAGAGUUAUUUCAAGGAAGAAGCAGAAAUUCUCUUCUCAAUGCACACCGUAUUUCGGGUGGGUGCAACUAAACAAAUAGACAAUGAGAAUGAACUUUAUCAAGUUGAAUUACAACUAACGUCGGAUGAUGACCAACAACUACGAUUACUUACUGAUAGAAUACGAGAACAAGCUAGUGGUGGUACUGGAUGGCAGAGAUUGGGUAACUUAUUGUUAAAAAUUGGUCAAUUUAAUAAAGCUGAAGAACUUUAUAACGUAUUACUCGAACAGACAUCGAAUGAGGGUGAAAAAGCGCAUUAUUAUAAUCAGCUUGGAACUGUCCACUUGUAUCAAGAUGAUUAUGAAAAGGCUAUUUGGUACUACGAAAAAGCACUUGAAAUUCAAGAAAAAACUCUUCCUUCAAAUCAUCCUGGUUUGGCUACUUCAUACAAUAACAUUGGUAGUGUGUAUAACGCCAUGGGACAGUAUUCAAAAGCACUUUCAUUUU